UGUCCCGUAAAGACAUGCAUAGAAAAGCUACUCACGCUGAAGAUUUACAUCAAGUUUGGUCAAAACAGUUUCAUAAAGAUAACCAAAUUUUUCGACCAUUAUCAUCGUCCUCAUGGUACUCACAUGAACAUACAUGCAGUCAUGUUGCCAUGCUGUGCCAAAAACAUGAUCAUCAUCAUAGCUCUACCAUAUUCUUAAACCUUAUUUAUUUCUCCAAACACGCGAAAGAUAAGCACCAGAAAAUGAUAAGCAGCCGCAGCAUCUUUCAGCUAUUUAAACCUUCCCCAAGCCAUGACUUCCGCGUAGUUCAAAAUCGGUUUCUGGCCCGACAAGUGUCACAAACACGCAGUAAGCCACGGGUGAAUCUAAAUUCCUAGUGAAAAUGGCAGCCAUUACGCUUGAACCGCCACCGCACGCCAUCGAACUCAAGAAGCGCUCGCACAGCUACGAGGAAGCGCUCGAGUUGGCCGGAUUCGGACCGGCCCAGUACGUGUUGACGUUUUUGUCCGGUUGCUGCCUGAUGGCCGCCAUGAACGAGUCCAUCGUGAUCAGCUUCGUGCUGUCGGCGGGUCAUUGUGACCUGGGGCUGGAUGCCCGCCAGGUGGGGAUGAUUGGCGGGGUUAUCUUUCUGGGAAUCAUGAUAUCGUCGUUCUUUUGGGGGUAUCAGGCGGAUACUCGCGGUCGGAAGACGGUUCUGCAGUGUGCCCUGUUUGCCACUACGGCAUGUUCGGUAGCUUCCAGCUUUGCCACGGGGUUCACGUCCAUGGCGUUGUUGAGGUUUGCGGCUGGGAUGUGUGUCUCGGCUUCGUCGGCCAUUGCUUACACCUAUUUGGGGGAGUUUUGCACGGGUCAACGGAGAGGACAAAUGGUGGCGUACGCCGCCAUGAUGAUCUCGUUUGGAAUCGUGUAUGGAGCUUCUAUUAGUUGGUGGAUCCUGUCGUACGACUGGCGAGUUCAGCUCACCGAUUCCUUCGUGUAUCGACCGUGGCGAUUGCUGUUCAUCCUGUGCACAAUCCCUGGCUUCUUGGUGGGCGUUGCGUUCUACUGCCUGCCGGAAAGUCCCAAAUUUUUGCUCUCUCAAAAUCGAUCGACCGAGGCGUUGCAGGUCCUCACGAAGAUGUAUCAGCUCAACAAUGGUCGUGAAAAGUACUACGAAGUGUACGAACUAACGCCGGAGGUUGGCGUUAGCAUGACUACGAAGAAAGGAUGGGACGGCGUUCGGCAGUCGUUGAAGGACCAAACUGCGCCCCUUUUGGAAAGGCCGUAUUUGGGUUAUUUCGCGAUUUGUUGCACAAAUUGCAUCAUUUCGUUUGCCAUCUACGGAGGAUUCUGUCUCUGGUUCCCACAAAUCAUGAACCAAGUCCUGUCGGAUACCUCCGGCAAGGGUACCGUAGCCUGCAAAGUUCUCCAGGGAAACAAAUCAGGUCAAAACCAGAACGACACGCAGUGCAGCGAGACGAUCCAGCAGGAAACCUUCUACUACACGAUCGUUCUCGGAUUCAUCGGAAUGUUCUGCAGUCUGGUCCUAUCGCUGGUCUUGCGACGGGUUUCCAGCAAACCGGUGAUGAUCUUCAACAUGGCCAUAGCUGGAACCGCCGGCAUCCUGCUCCAGUUCGUGACCAACAGUUACGCGGUGGCGGUGCUCUUCAGCGUCGAGAUCAUGUUCUGCGCGAUGGGCGUUACGCUGAUCAACGCCUCGGCAGUUUCUCUUUUCCCGACGCACGUAAAGGGAAUGGCCACUUCGCUGAUCAACAUGACGGGACGGUUCAGCACGUUCCUGUUUUCGUCCGUCGUUGGCAUGCUGAUGGCUCAGAGCUGUCAUUUGACGUUCUACGUGCUAAGCGGACUUUUGUUCAUGAGUUCGGCACUGACUCUUCUCUUACCGUGACUUAGCAUAAGAUCAAUAAAUUUAAUUUAGCUUAUUUGGUGUAA